GGGCUGGGACUGUGCUCUCUUCCUCUGCAGAAACAGCUCCCUGCCAACACAACGCGCUCAGAAUGGCUUUGAAGAGGAGGAGCAGCAGCGUUUGAACAUCUCUCUUUUUUUUUUGCCUUCCUCCUUCUCUUACUCUUGUAGUUGGUGGAUUUUUAAAAAGACAUUUAGCCCUCAGAGGUUUGUCCUGGAUGCUUUUGCUUUUUUCCUUUAUCCCCCCCCUCUCUCUCGUUUCCCCCCUUCCUGUUCUUUUUUAUGGUUUAACAGCCAGAGGUGCUGUGCUAAAUUCUUGGAAGGGGCCCGGAUGUACUGAGGAUGCAUUGCAAUUUCACUAAAGGAGGCAGUAGUGGAAAGGAUCAGUUUUUGGUGUUUGAUGCAAUAAUGGGAAUCAGGUAAUAAUAAAAGGGGAAAUUCUACAGCUCCAUUCUUCCUUGAAUUUUACCAAGCCGAUUUUCGGAGGGAUUAAUCUGGACUCGUUUUAAAUGGUCAAUGAAAACAAGAGGAUGUACAUUCCAGAAGAAAACCAUCAAGGUUCCAACUAUGGGAGUCCCCGUCCAGCUCAUGCCAACAUGAAUGCCAAUGCAGCUGCAGGGCUUGCCCCAGAGCACAUCCCUACUCCGGGGGCAGCUCUGUCCUGGCAAGCUGCGAUCGAUGCUGCCAGGCAAGCCAAGCUGAUGGGGAGCGCUGGCAAUGCAACGAUAUCCACAGCCAGCUCCACGCAGAGGAAACGGCAGCAGUAUGGGAAGCAGAAAAAACAGGGUACCACCACAGCUACACGUCCUCCCCGGGCACUGCUGUGUUUAACACUGAAAAAUCCCAUCCGGAGGGCCUGUAUCAGCAUCGUCGAAUGGAAACCAUUUGAAAUAAUUAUUUUACUGACUAUUUUUGCCAAUUGUGUGGCCUUAGCUAUCUAUAUCCCCUUUCCAGAAGAUGAUUCCAAUGCCACCAAUUCCAAUCUGGAACGAGUGGAAUAUCUCUUUCUCAUAAUUUUUACAGUGGAAGCAUUUUUAAAAGUAAUAGCAUACGGACUUCUCUUUCACCCCAACGCUUACCUCCGCAAUGGCUGGAAUUUACUAGAUUUUAUAAUUGUGGUAGUAGGGCUUUUUAGUGCAAUUUUAGAACAAGCAACCAAAGCAGAUGGGGGGAAUUCAAUAGGAGGAAAAGGUGCCGGAUUCGAUGUUAAAGCACUGCGGGCUUUCCGAGUAUUACGUCCAUUACGGCUGGUGUCUGGAGUUCCUAGUCUCCAGGUGGUUUUAAAUUCCAUUAUCAAGGCCAUGGUCCCUUUGUUGCAUAUUGCCCUGCUGGUGCUGUUUGUCAUUAUUAUCUAUGCCAUCAUUGGACUGGAGUUAUUCAUGGGGAAGAUGCAUAAGACCUGCUACCAUGUGCAAGGGGGACUGAUAGAUACACCUGCAGAAGACGACCCGUCUCCCUGUGCCCCCCAGUCUGCGCACGGGCGGCAGUGCCAGAACGGCACGGAGUGCAAGGCAGGCUGGGAGGGACCUAAACAUGGCAUCACGAACUUUGACAAUUUUGCUUUUGCCAUGCUGACAGUGUUUCAGUGCAUCACGAUGGAGGGCUGGACAGAUGUGCUCUACUGGAUGCAGGACGCUAUGGGCUAUGAGUUACCAUGGGUGUAUUUUGUCAGUCUGGUCAUCUUUGGAUCCUUUUUCGUUCUAAAUCUGGUUCUUGGUGUGUUGAGCGGGGAGUUUUCCAAAGAAAGAGAGAAGGCUAAGGCUCGAGGCGAUUUCCAGAAGUUACGGGAAAAACAACAGCUAGAGGAGGAUUUGAAGGGAUACUUAGACUGGAUAACUCAAGCAGAAGAUAUUGAUCCAGAAAAUGAAGAUGAAGGCAUGGAUGAGGAGAAGCCUCGAAACAUGAGCAUGCCCACCAGUGAGACCGAGUCCGUGAACACAGACAACGUCCCUGGAGCGGAUAUGGAAGGCGAAAACUGCGGCGCUAGGCUGGCGCAUCGGAUCUCAAAAUCAAAAUUUAGUCGCUACUGGCGCCGAUGGAAUCGAUUCUGCAGAAGAAAGUGCCGUGCUGCUGUCAAGUCCAAUGUUUUCUAUUGGUUGGUGAUCUUCCUUGUGUUCCUCAACACCCUCACCAUUGCCUCUGAACACUACAACCAGCCAGACUGGCUCACGGAGGUCCAAGACACUGCCAACAAGGUGCUGCUAGCUCUUUUCACGGCAGAGAUGCUGCUGAAGAUGUACAGCCUUGGUCUCCAGGCCUAUUUUGUGUCCCUCUUCAACCGCUUUGACUGUUUCAUUGUGUGCGGAGGAAUCCUGGAAACGAUCCUGGUUGAGACAAAGAUCAUGUCACCACUGGGCAUUUCGGUUUUGAGAUGUGUUCGACUCCUAAGAAUAUUUAAAAUCACAAGAUAUUGGAACUCCCUGAGUAACCUUGUGGCUUCACUCCUGAACUCAGUUCGCUCCAUUGCCUCCCUGUUGCUGCUUCUCUUCCUCUUCAUUAUCAUCUUCUCGCUCCUGGGGAUGCAGCUCUUUGGGGGCAAGUUUAACUUUGAUGAGAUGCAGACCAGGAGGAGUACAUUUGACAACUUCCCUCAGUCCCUCCUCACAGUGUUUCAGAUCCUGACUGGGGAGGACUGGAAUUCGGUGAUGUAUGAUGGGAUCAUGGCUUAUGGCGGCCCCUCUUUUCCAGGAAUGUUGGUCUGUAUUUACUUCAUCAUCCUCUUCAUCUGUGGAAACUAUAUCCUGCUGAAUGUAUUUUUGGCCAUUGCUGUGGACAACCUUGCUGAUGCUGAGAGUUUAACAUCUGCACAGAAAGAGGAGGAAGAGGAAAAAGAAAGGAAAAAGCUAGCAAGAACUGCAAGUCCUGAAAAGAAACAGGAGAUGGAAAAAACAGAUGUGGAGGAAGAGACAAAGGAGGAGAAAAUCGAGCUGAAAUCGAUCACUGCUGAUGGAGAAUCCCCACCUGCUACCAAGAUCAACGUGGAUGAUUAUCAGCCCAAUGAAAACGAAGAAAAGAGCCCAUAUCCCACAACGGAAGCACCAGUCUGCCCAUGCUCAGUGUUUGCUCUGUACAUGCACUCAUCCAGACACGAUCCCAGAUGUGGCAGUGGCUCCAUGGAGAUCCUCACAAAUAGGAGAAAAACAGAUCUUGAUAAACCAGAGGAAUGGUUUCGUGUCCACUGCCAUCGAAUCGUUAACGAUAACAUUUUCACCAACCUGAUCCUAUUUUUCAUCUUGCUCAGCAGCAUCUCCCUGGCAGCUGAGGACCCCGUCCGACACCUCUCCUUUAGGAACCAAAUUCUCUAUUAUUUUGAUAUAGUUUUUACUGUCAUUUUCACCAUUGAAAUUGCUCUAAAGAUCCUAGGCAAUGCAGACUAUGUCUUCACUAGUAUCUUUACAUUAGAAAUUAUUCUUAAGAUGACUGCCUACGGGGCUUUCCUCCAUAAGGGCUCCUUCUGCAGAAACUAUUUCAACAUCUUAGACCUGCUGGUGGUCAGCGUUUCUCUCAUCUCCUUUGGGAUCCAGUCCAGUGCCAUUAAUGUGGUGAAGAUCCUGCGUGUUCUGCGAGUCCUUAGACCACUGAGGGCCAUCAACAGAGCCAAAGGACUUAAGCACGUGGUCCAGUGUGUGUUUGUCGCCAUCCGAACCAUUGGAAACAUUGUGAUUGUCACCACUUUGCUGCAGUUCAUGUUUGCCUGCAUUGGAGUUCAGUUGUUCAAGGGCAAGCUGUACAGCUGCACUGAUAGCUCCAAGCAGACAGAAGCAGAAUGCAGAGGGUACUACAUCACCUACAAGGAUGGGGAGGUCAGCCAGCCCAUGAUACAGCCCCGGAGCUGGGAGAACAGCAAGUUUGACUUCGACAACGUCUUGACUGCCAUGAUGGCCCUCUUCACUGUCUCAACCUUUGAGGGCUGGCCAGAGUUGCUGUAUAGGUCCAUUGAUUCCCACAUGGAAGAUGUGGGACCCAUCUAUAAUCACAGGGUUGAGAUCUCCAUCUUCUUUAUUAUCUACAUCAUCAUCAUUGCUUUCUUCAUGAUGAACAUCUUCGUUGGUUUCGUCAUCGUCACAUUUCAGGAACAAGGAGAACAAGAGUACAAGAACUGUGAGCUGGACAAAAACCAGCGCCAGUGUGUAGAAUAUGCCCUGAAAGCCCGGCCCCUGCGGAGAUACAUCCCUAAAAACCAGUACCAGUACAAAGUUUGGUAUGUGGUCAACUCCACCUAUUUUGAAUACCUGAUGUUCGUUCUGAUCCUGCUGAACACCAUCUGCCUGGCCAUGCAACACUACGGUCAGAGCUGCAUGUUCAAGGAAGCCAUGAACAUCCUCAACAUGCUCUUCACUGGCCUCUUCACUGUUGAGAUGGUCCUGAAAUUAAUCGCCUUCAAACCCAAGGGUUACUUUAGUGAUCCUUGGAAUGUUUUUGACUUCCUCAUCGUAAUUGGCAGCAUUAUAGACGUCAUUCUCAGUGAAACUAAUCACUAUUUCUGUGAUGCAUGGAAUACAUUUGACGCCUUGAUUGUUGUGGGUAGCAUUGUUGAUAUAGCAAUCACCGAGGUGAACCCAGCUGAACAUACCCAAUGCUCUUCCUCUAUGAACGCAGAGGAAAACUCUCGCAUCUCAAUCACCUUCUUCCGACUCUUCCGCGUGAUGCGUCUCGUGAAGCUCCUGAGCCGAGGGGAGGGCAUCCGGACUCUGCUUUGGACCUUCAUCAAAUCCUUCCAGGCUCUCCCCUACGUGGCUCUAUUAAUAGUGAUGUUGUUCUUCAUCUACGCUGUGAUUGGGAUGCAGGUGUUUGGUAAAAUUGCGCUGAACGAUACCACGGAAAUCAACCGCAACAACAACUUCCAGACCUUCCCCCAGGCAGUGCUGCUGCUUUUCAGGUGUGCCACUGGUGAGGCCUGGCAGGAAAUCAUGCUGGCAUGUCUCCCAGACAAGAAGUGCGACCCGGAGUCAGAGCCGGCCAACUCCACCGAAGCCGAUCACUCCUGUGGCAGCAGCUUCGCUGUCUUCUAUUUCAUCAGCUUCUACAUGCUCUGUGCCUUCCUGAUCAUCAAUCUUUUUGUAGCUGUUAUAAUGGAUAACUUUGAUUACCUGACACGGGACUGGUCCAUUUUAGGACCACACCACCUGGAUGAGUUUAAAAGGAUCUGGGCAGAGUAUGACCCUGAAGCUAAGGGACGGAUCAAACACCUGGAUGUGGUGACGCUGCUCCGGCGGAUUCAGCCCCCCCUGGGCUUCGGGAAGCUCUGCCCUCACCGGGUGGCUUGCAAACGCCUUGUCUCCAUGAAUAUGCCACUGAACAGUGAUGGGACUGUCAUGUUCAAUGCCACUCUCUUUGCUUUGGUCAGAACAGCACUGAGGAUCAAGACAGAAGGUAACCUGGAGCAAGCCAACGAAGAGCUGAGAGCAAUAAUUAAGAAAAUCUGGAAGCGCACCAGCAUGAAGCUGCUGGACCAGGUGGUGCCUCCUGCGGGUGAUGACGAGGUGACCGUUGGGAAGUUCUACGCCACUUUCCUGAUUCAGGAGUAUUUCCGGAAGUUCAAGAAACGUAAAGAGCAGGGGCUGGUGGGAAAGCCCUCCCAGCGCAACGCGCUCUCCUUACAGGCUGGUCUGCGCACACUCCACGACAUUGGCCCAGAGAUCCGACGAGCAAUUUCUGGAGACCUGACAGCUGAGGAGGAGUUAGAUAAGGCCAUGAAAGAAGCUGUCUCUGCUGCCUCUGAAGAUGAUAUCUUCCGGAGAGCUGGAGGCUUGUUUGGAAACCAUGUCAGCUAUUACCAAAGUGAUGGCAGGAGCGCAUUCCCCCAGACAUUUACCACCCAGCGACCUCUGCACAUCAAUAAGUCUGGCAACAACCACGGAGAUACCGAGUCUCCAUCUCAUGAGAAGCUGGUGGACUCCACCUUCACUCCCAGCAGCUACUCAUCUUCAGGCUCCAAUGCCAACAUCAACAAUGCCAACAACACUGCCCUGUGCCGCUUCCCCAGCCCACCCACCUACCCCAGCACUGUCAGCACAGUGGAAGGCCAUGGGACCCCCUUGUCACCCACGAUAUGUGUGCAGGAGGCUCCUUGGAAACUGCCAUCCAAAAGGACACAUUACUACGAAACACUGGGACGCUCCAGUUCCAGAGACAGCCAGCUGGCAAUUGUUUGCCAAGAGGAAGUGUCUCAGGAUGAGACUUAUGAUGAAAAUUUGAAUGAAGACAUUGAGUACUGUAGUGAACCAAGUCUGCUCUCUACCGAAAUGCUUGCAUACCAAGAUGAUGAAAACAGACAACUCACUCCACCAGAAAACAGCAAAGGAGAGGACACCCGGCACUCUCCGAAGAAAGGGUUUCUGUGCUCCUCAGCACUAGGUCGAAGGGCAUCUUUUCACUUAGAGUGUUUGAAAAGACAGAAGAACCAGGGCGUGGAUGUCUCGCAGAAGACAGUUCUGCCUUUGCAUCUGGUACAUCAUCAGGCGUUAGCAGUGGCCGGCCUGAGUCCCCUGCUCCAGCGAAGCCAUUCCCCCACCAUGUUCUCCCGGCUGUGUGCUACGCCCCCCGCCACCCCCUGCAACCGUGGCUGGCAGCAACAGACCAUCCCGACCCUGCGCCUCGACGGGGCGGAGUCCACUGAGAAACUCAACAGCAGCUUCCCGUCGGUGCACUGCGGCUCCCGGUUCCCCGACAGCACCGGCUGCAGCAGCCCCAGGAGAGCCAGGCCAGUGUCCCUCACCGUCCCCAGCCCGACCGCCGGGAGCAGCAGGCAGUUCCACGGCAGCGCCAGCAGCCUGGUGGAAGCGGUCUUGAUUUCGGAAGGACUGAUGCAGUUUGCUCAAGAUCCAAAGUUCAUUGAGGUCACAACCCAGGAGCUCGCAGACGCCUGCGACAUGACGAUAGAAGAGAUGGAAAAUGCAGCAGACAACAUUCUCAAUGGUAACAGCAAGCAGAGCCCCAAUGGCAACCUCUUGCCUUUUGCUAACUGCAGGGACCCAGGGCAGGACAGUGCAGGAGAGGAAGAGGAAGAGGUGCAGAACCCGGAUUGUAGAAUAAGUCAGGAGGAGCUCAAGGACAGCAGGAUUUAUAUCAGCAGCCUGUAGUUGCCAGGGCUGGAAGCGAUGCUGGUUUUUUAUUUGUUUCAAUGUUCCUAAUGGGUUUGUUUCAGAAGUGCCUCACUGUUCUCGUGACCUGGAGUAACCGGAACAGCGUUCUUCAUUCAUUUCUGUUGGGACGAGUCGCAGAGUUGGGUGGUGUAAGAAAGCUUUUCAGGAGCGGAUAUAACCCCAGCACGUGUCCAUGAAGGAAGAGUGAAGAGGAGGAGGAAGAGGAGGAGAGCAAGCUCCCUCUUUUUUUCAGUCCCUGCACAAGGAACGACAACUGCCUCCGGAGCACGAAGGGGAACCUCAGCUUCCUGUGGAUGGCCCUAGCCAAAAGGACCCUGCGCCAAACGGGUGUCUUUCGACUUUGCUUGUAAAAAUCAUUUUGCACAUAUUCUGUAUGAGCCUCACCGUCUCCAUAAAGCCAAGGCCCUUUGAUUUGGAAGGAGAGGAAGACUUCUGCUGUGGAUUCCCAUGCCGCGAGGGGGAGGAGGAAGCAGGAGAAGCGCAGGGGUGCCCGAGGGGCAGGCGGCGGAGCUGCCCAGCCCCGCCGAGACUCCCAGGCAGUGGUCCCUGCCAACCAAUCCGAGCGCAGGCAGCCACUCCUGCCGACCAAUCAGAGCUCGGGCAGUCACCUGCCAGCUAAUCCGAGCUCAGGCAGCCUCCUGCUGGCCAAUCAGAGCUCAGACAGCCAGCCAUGCCAGCCAAUGGGAGCGCCGCCUCUGCAGCGGGGCGGAGCCGACCUGCCCCACCCAUGCUGAGGUGGUGGUGGUGGGCUCGUGUAGAUCCCUUCUUGUUUUGCGGUUUGAUAUUUCCUUGAAAGCAUGUUGCAGUUUUUAUUUUGACCUUUUUUUCUUUUUUUUUCCUUUUUUUUUUUUUUGAGGGAGAAGGGAGUGUUUACAGCGUUUUGUAAUCACCUACCUUUUUUGGUUUGGUUUAUUUUCACCUUUGCAAAUGUUAAAUUGGUUUGAUCAUGUUGUAUUAUUUAAACUGGGGUGGGGGGGUCUCCAUUGAAAUUUGGUAGAAGUAUAACGAUAAUAGACGAGUUUUACCAACCAUUAUGUACACCAAGAAUUUGUAAUUUUAUUUACUAGUAACUGAAACCUUUUUUUGUUGUUGUUUUAUAAUUUAAAGAUAGUAGGCAAUGCACUUGAUAUAGUCUUGCACAUUUGAGUGAUUGAUUUGGGUUCUUUUUAGUGCUAAGUAUAUCUGUGAGUGUGGGAGCAAUACGGGGCGAGUGUGCGUGUGCGCGCGUGUGUGUGUGUAAGUGCAUGCAGCUCUCCACAUCCUGGUUUGAGCUGCAGGAGAUCUGUAUCUGGGGCCAUUUGAAUGCAAAAACAAACCACUGUCUCUGCUUUUGAAAAAGGGAAUCAGUAACUUUGCAUUUUCUGUUCCACAAGAUAUGCAAAAACAAUGCAAUAAUAUUAAUUUUAAAAAUAAAAUUGUAAGUUGUGUUGGCAUUAAAACUGUAUAGAAAAAAAAAUUGCGGGGGUGGGGGGAACUAAAAAAAAAAAAAAACCCAGAAGGCGUUACGCUUCAAUAUAUUCCGUGUGAUGUUUUAUUGCAUUGAUAAUGUUUCUGUUGAAGAAACCGUUAUACUUGAAUUCAGGUCAGUUUCAGUAUUUUUCAAAUAUUUUUUUAAAAUGAAUUGCAAUUGUGCCAAGCAAAGAUAAUGAAUUGAAUUAAGUUUGUUUAAAAAAAAAAAGAAAAAAAAGAAUCACUUCUUGUAUAUUUUGCUGCAUGUCAAGUGAAUCAUUUCGUAUUUGGAAUGUGCCAAGCUUUACCUUUGAACUUUUAAGUGCUUUUCUACGUGUGGUUGGGGAAAGGGGUACUAUUUUUUUUUCCUUUUUUAAUUUGUACAAUGAACAAAGUGUACCUGGUGUAAGUAACUAUUCUGCAAUCCACUGACAGGUUGAACGUUACUGAUUUUGCAUAUCUUGUGUUCAUUUUCCUUCUUCCUCACCCCCUUUUAACAUGCACGAUGACUUUAUUGGUAGAGAAUCUUUCUUCCCUAGACUGGGACAUUUUAUUCAGGCUUUAUUUUCUUUCCUUUUGCUCAAUUUCUGUAAAGGUCUCAUCCCACUCAAGGGUGGCAAGACCCCCAAGCCCAUUUGGCAGAUCCAUCCUACAUAGUCAGCUGGCACCAGCAAUUCAAGGAGCGGAGGGGAAAAAAAUCUGCUUUCAAAAUUAUUUAAUUAGAUAGCUGACCCUGCUCAAUUAUAGCAGGGUGCUGGGAUAAGAAAUGCAAGAAUCAGAAUAGUUAGAAAAGUAAAGUUGUCUAACUCUGUCCUGAACUGAAAGCAGAGGGUAAGCGAGGGAGAGAGCUCUGGAUCUUUAUUAGGAGAAUUGCUGAGACUGGUCAAGAUGCAGAUGCUGAGUCACUUUUGAGUGUUCCUAUGCAUAGUCUCAGUCCUCUUCCCAGACUUCAGUGGAUGGGUCAGAUUCUAAGUCACAAAACAUCUGACAGCACAGCGUGUCCCAGCCAGAUUUCCUGACUAGUGAGUAUGAAACUGUCUUUUCUCACAUUGACACUCAGCCCUAACCCAUGAGAGAGGCUGAAAAAAACAGGCAUGUAUUGUUAGAUUUUUUGCAACUGAUUUUUGUCCAGACUACUGCUGUUUUUUCUCCCUUCUCAAGAUGGUUCACAAAUUUGCAGAUCAGUGCUGAGUUAGGCGGUGUGAUCUGACUCAGAGCUAAACUUCCAUUCAAAUCUUGAGCUUCUGCAGAUGUCCGAGAACACCAUUUAUUGCAUACGUUGAUUACAUUAUUUUUGUAAUGCUCUCAUUUUUCUUCUUGAUUCUCUGGGGCAUAAAGGAGAAAUACCAAAGGGUGGUUUUGACAAUGCACUUUUUGAACUGGCCAGUAUCAGCUUAAGAUACCUUCAAAAAAACCCCAAGUAUGUUUAAACUAGAGAAAUACAAAUCCAUUUGUACAACCAUCUGUCAUCAAAGUCGUAAUUCAAGACUUCCCCGGAGAAAGUAACCAGCUGAUGUCGGUCAGUCUCACUUUUUCCAUCCCUUGUGCCCGUAUCAAGAUGGGCACACAAGUGUGUCUCCCUUUGAGUUUGUUGCUGCUAGUGCUGAUAUGCUCCAAAGGUGCUUGAAAGAAAAGAAUGCUGUGCCUGGCAGUGUAAGGGCUCCCUGUCUCAUUUUCUUCCACUAGAAAGUCCAUCUGACUCUCCCAGUCGGAGACAGAAGGUCUUCUCUGCUCCUGACAAACAGAACACUUAUCUAAAUUAGUGGUGACAAAGGGCAUUUUGGAUGCUUGGCAGCCUGUGUCAUCUUUGAGGACUUUUCUUGAUGGGAAGGAAAACGGCGGAAAGGAUUAUGCCCCACACAUUCCUGGUGAAAGCUGCGACUCCCUCAAGGGUCAGAGCCUACAAUGCCCAGGGGAAACUCUGCUCUGUCCUAGGUCCUGCAGAGUGGAAAAUGUAUGGCUAGCAGAGAAUGCAGAUGGCUUUUGCAGUUUGAGAGGCAGGUGUUAAAUUUAGUAAUUGCUGGUGCCAGCUGUGCAAAUUUCUCUUUCUGGGGAGGGCGGCAUUUUUAUUUAUUUUUUUUUUUCAUUUGAGGUACUUCCAAUGUGCACAUUGUGACAGGCCUGAGCAAAGAGCUACUGCCUCCUUCAAGUGAGGCAGAGUCUGGGGGACAGUGGGAAGGAGGGGGCAGGUUUAGUUCCUGGAGUGUUUUCCUGCAUAUGGGAGUGGAUGGUGGGUACGUACAAUCACUGUGCUGUGGGUGGAAGCUUUGAAGGAACCGAUGGCUGAGGAGUGGUAUGGAAGGAAAGGAAAGAAAGGGGAAAAGAAAACAAAUCUGCUGUUUGCCUGAGCCUCUCUGACUUGCAAGAGUACACUGCAGACUAAAGACAUUUCUUCUAAAACAACAAACCUCCUCCCUGUAUCACUCCUGCUCAUUAGUCCAGACAGUACUGGGCCAGCCACACCAGGUGCAUUUCUUUUUUUCUUCCUUAUUUCUGUGUGGCUGACUUGAUGGGAAAGAAAGCAGAACUCAUGAUCCAGAGCUGGAGUUUCAAUACCCACAGACCUGUUGUGCAUCAUCUGCCUCUUCAGCUGGACAUGUGGACGAUGAUGGUGUAGAUGCUGCUGCUACUGCAGGGGUCCCGCCUGGUUUAUUACCCUGCCCACCACACCCCAGCACGGAGGGACAGCCAGAGAGGCGCCAUGUACAGAAUCGCAUCUAUUUCUGCUUUGUUUUCUGACUCAGAACCCUGCCCCGAUGACUACGACAACAAUGACGACAACAACAACAACAAAGAAAGGGCAAAUGCAUUUUUUACAUUUCUUGAUAAUUUCCAAAGCAAUGUAUCAUUGCUUUCUUUAGACUGACGCCAAUAUAACAGUUGUAUGGGUCUCAGCCAGGCUCCUGUGUCUUUUCUGCCUGAUAGUUUCAGAUUGCUCUAUGGAAUGUAUGCGCUUUGCACACAGACACAAUCAUACGGGGUGGCGGCACCACGAGCCCGUGGGGUUGCUCACCUGAGUCACAGAUGAAGUUGGAGGCCUUGCUUCGUACGUUUAGAUGAGAAACCCCGACCCACUGGUCCAGUGAGCUGAAGUGAAGCAGCCCUGCUGGGACAGAACUGAGUAUCCUAAGAUAUAUGCAUGGUCCUGUCGUGACUGUCCCCAUGGCAGGGGCAGGGUGGGGGACAGGAACACUGAAUGGGGAAUUUGGAGCACAGCCAAUAUAAAAUAAGUAGAAUCCAGUUGGGGUUUCUCGUAGUGGUGAGAUUUUUAUCAGUUCCCAUAAUGAAAACUGUAGUGCAUAUAAAGAAAACAUUCCAGAGCAUCAGAAGCCCCCGUUCCCAUCUUGCUAACAUGGAGGCUGGAGGGCACUAGAGGCCACAGAGGUUUUAUUGAUACAAAGAAUGUGGAAAACAGAACUGGGCCCUGAAAAAUUUAAUUAUGUUUUCCCCCCAUUUAUUUUCUUCUUCAAAGAAGUCUAACAAAUAUAAUUCUCAGUAGCUGCACAGGGUUUCUUUUUUUCUUCUUCUGAAUGCUGCAAAGUUUUUAAAGUUUUAUUCCGUAAGCAAGCCCAAGAAUCCAGAAGGUUUCCAGUGGGAUCUCAGUCUGUGGAGCUUUUAUCCCUGUUCCUGCUUUGUUUCUGAACAGCUGAAACCACUACGGCCUUGCUGCUAGAGUACUCUGAGGUGGGAAGGGCAGGGUGGGGGGUGAGGGCAGAAGGACAGCAAGAGACAUGUCCUGAACUGAAAACAGAUGGGGCUCCAAUUGCUCUCAGAGAAGUCAGUAGCAUCACACUGGAAUGGAAAAAAAAACAAAAACAAAAAC